AUGACUUCUGCUCAACACUCCUCUCUUCCCGCCGGCGCAUCGACCACCAGUGUCAGUCAGAGUUCACCUACAUCAGUUGCAGUUUCUCCUCCCAAUGUGGAGCGUAUCCCCUUGCAGAUAGAGGGUAUGGAUGCUGCUCAAGUCUCUAAUCUCCUCAAAACCCUACCCAGUCUCUUUCACAAGUCCCCUGCUCAAGGCGAUAUGACCGGAGAGGCCGCUCAAUCUUUGCAGGCUCUCGCUCAAGCCGGAUUGUUUCCUCUCCAGAAUCAGCACCAGCUUCAACACCCGAUAUCAUUCCCUGGCGAUCCUGGCCCUUCUUCACACCCCCGCGGACCACCCAACCUUGGACAAUUGUCUGCGGCUGCGGCAGCUGCUGGUCAAACCCCUCCGGCGGCCCCUCACACGCAGGAUGGAGGAGAAGCUCUUAGCGAUGUCGAAGUUGGAGAACAGCCUGCCACUAGGAGCGCUGCGAUGGGCACCGAUGAGUGGACCCGCCAGCGUAAGGACAACCAUAAAGAAGUCGAGCGUCGACGCCGAGGAAACAUCAACGAGGGUAUUAACGAACUCGGUCGCAUAGUACCGAACAGUUCUGGUGAGAAGGCAAAAGGCGCAAUUCUUCAGCGUGCUGUGCAGUAUAUCCACCAUUUGAAAGAAAACGAGGCGCGCAACAUUGAAAAAUGGACACUAGAGAAGUUGCUCAUGGAUCAAGCAAUGGGUGACUUACAAGCGCAGUUGGAGGACAUGAGGAGGUCAUGGGAGGAGGAACACAUCGCACGACAAAGAGCAGAGAACGAACUCGAUGUGUUGAGGGGUGUAUCGGGCCAGGCCCCAACCGUUCCAUAUAAAUCUCGUUCACGUUCAGUUGAGCGAGGUCAGGAUGGGCCGUCUAACAGAGGUCCUUUUGGUGAAAGUGAAGUGCGAACAGAGCUUGGAAAUCGACCAGAGGAAGGUGGCGAUGACUCGGAAGGGAGGCCCGGGAAACGUGCGAGGCGCUUUUUUCUAGACCUGUAUUAUGAUCUUCUUGCGCCUUCGCGCGGGAAAGUUUCCGCACUCAAUCUGCACCACCGCGCAGCACUUGACAUGGAUUUCCUUGUCGAGAGAACCGUCGACAUUCAAUAUAUAAUCUUUGACGUGCUGCGCAGCUAUCUCACGAGAAAUCCGCUAGAUAAUAUUCCCGGCCCCCCUCGCCAGCGUUGGUGGACAUGCAACUUGAAUAAGAUAUUUGCGCCGCAUGGAUGGGAUUUCCACAAGAUGCUUGCGGAACACUACGGUCCAGUAUCAAAGUUAUAUGGGCUUUUUGGGACAAGGCAGUUGUAUGUGUGGGACCCAAAGACUAUGUACCACAUCAUGGUCAAAGAUCAGUACACCUUUGAAGCAGCUCCUUCUUGGCGUAGGGUUGUCCACUGUGCCUAA